CCUUAAUGAUUGUAACAUGAUAUCCGUGUCCCCCACGUGACUACUUUGUGCCCACCUCCACCAGAUCACAACAAAACUGUGAGGAAAUACUCCGACAUCGGACACGGAACCUGAAUUCAACAUCGGCGUGACCGCUUUUGUCUCAUUCCAGGCCGCGCCCCUCGACUCCUCGUUGACCAAUGGGUGAACUGCUUGGCCACCUGUGUGGAAACACCCAGCCAAUCAGCCGUGCUAUUGUUGUUUCCUCGCUUAUUCUGGUACCGCCGACCGCAAGAGUUUACCAAUCCCUCAAAUUACGAACUUCACCAAACAGGAACGAAAGCUGGUCCCUCCCAGAAACAUUGCUGUUCUUUGUCUCCACUCAGCGUUGACCUGCCAGCACGGUAAUCCGAAUAAACGUUAACCACCGUGGAGCGCGACGUCAGAGAGGAUUGUUUUUUGGAUUGACAGGUUGAAUAGUGCCCGCCCUCCCGCACGCCUAGUUCUCAGGCUCCCAGACCAAUUUACCUGCACUAACUAGAAAGUCCAGUUUCUCAAGUUGGUCCUAGAAAACACCUGAGAGUCCUUUAGGCAACAUGGACCUGGACAGUAAACGGGUGGUGGUGGUGGUACCCAAUGACGUGCUGGCGCCCUCUCGCAGAGUGUCAAGCAGCGAGGACGAAGCAUGGCGGAGCUACCUGGAGAACCCGCUGACCGCUGCCACCAAGGCCAUGAUGAGCAUCAACGGAGACGAAGACAGCGCGGCAGCACUGGGACUGCUCUACGACUACUACAAGAUUCCCAGAGAGAGGAGAUGUGUCGCUAGCGGCGUCAAACCCACGGAGCCCCCUCCGCUCGGGCAGGAGAACUGCGGCAGCCUGGGGAUGCUAGAUUGCCAUCUCCAGGCCCUCCGAUCGAUGCCCGUCAACCUCUCCCUGAACCACCACGCCGCUGCAGGACACCAGGGCUCCAAGUAUGGAGCUGCCUUCCUCGCGGGGGAAACCAGGGGAGGAGAGGGUAAAGGUGGAGGGGGGAACGCUCUGGUGAAGACCGAGGGCCAGGUGUCCCUGGGGGUGUCCAACUCUGGAGAGGCCUACCGAGAGGAGCCCAGAGGGGAGAUCCGGGGGGCUCACGGGCACAACCACUACGAUUUGUCCCGCGCCGGGUUCUUGAAGGAAGAACAAAGAGGAACUCCAGACAGCACAUAUGAGGAGGCCGUAGAAGGAGAGAUGUACCACAGGAGACCCUCCUCGGGAAUUGAUGAAUUCCACUGCAGCCCACCGGCCUUCCAGUACUGUCUGGAGGCCUGCAUGUCGCUGCGGCCGUGGCAGGGGGAAGGACCCAUGGCCUACCUGAACCGGGGCCAGUUCUACUCUCUGACCCUGUCCAAGGUCGGCUUCAGAUCGUCCCAACGUCAGCCUCGAGGGAAAGUGCGGGUGAGUGGACCCUCGCCGUCACCGGGGCCCGAUGGGGGCGUGUCCAGUAAUGCGCAAUGCACCAUGGGAGGCGCUGAGCUGCAGCGGGACGAUAUUGUACAGAGUGUCGUCAUGGUUGUCUUUGGGGAAGACAAGUGCAGAGACGAGCAGCUGAAGAAUUGGAAAUACUGGCACUCCCGCCAGCACACUGCCAAGCAGAGAGUCCUGGACAUUGCCGACUACAAGGAGAGCUUCAACACUAUCGGGAACGUGGAGGAGAUCGCCUUCAACGCCGUCUCCUUCACGUGGGACGUCAGCGAAGAAGCUCAGGUGUUUAUCUCGGCAAACUGUCUGAGCACGGACUUCUCCUCGCAGAAGGGCGUGAAGGGGAUGCCUCUGAUCAUCCAGAUUGACACCUACAGUUACAACGGCUGCAGCAGCAGGCCCAUCCACAGGGCCUUCGCUCAGAUUAAGGUCUUCUGCGACAAGGGCGCUGAGAGGAAACUUCGUGAUGAGGAGAAGAAGCAGCUCAAGAAGAGACUGAAAGGCAAACAUGGCAACCCAGUACAGAGCUCUCCCUGUCGGAGGCCUGAAAACACGCUGUUCAAAACCAUGAUGGACCUGGAUUCCCAGCCUGUGCUCUUCAUCCCUGACGUCUACUUUGGAAACAUGCAGAGAGCCGGGCAGGUUUUUGCUUUCAACACAGAAGAGGACAACAGAGAUGGUGUUCUGGUGAAAAGGAUGUCAGCUGCCGUCGAGGAAGAGGUCUUACCGCCCCAGCCCAAGAAGUCCAAAGUGGAGGUGCAAAGGAAAGUUCUGCUGUAUGUGAGGAAGGAGUGUGAUGAAGUGUUUGACGCCCUGAUGCUGCGCACUCCAACCCUAAGGUCCUUGAUGGAGGCAAUCUCGGAGAAAUAUGCAAUACCUGUUGACAAGAUGGCCAGAGUUUACCAGAAAAGCAAAAGAGGGGUUCUGGUGAACAUGGACGACAACAUAAUCCAGCACUACUCCAACGAGGACACCUUCAUCCUGGCUAUCGAGGGCUCAGCCGAAUCUUUGCGCGUGACUUUGUCAGAGAUCUGACAGAUAUUGGCCAUGGGGCUGGAUCAGCCAGAACUUGUAAAUACUCGAGAGGAGAGGCCUCUACCCAGGUCAGAGCAUCCGGCCAGCCUGCUGCGGUUUCACAGGAAGGAGACGACACACUAUACAGGCGUCUAAUCGAAUUAACAGCAGGGAACGCUGCUUGCUUCUGCAGCCCUGUGGGGAUUCAAAAUGUUUGGGAAGCUCUUGCUUCAAAGCAAGUCAAUGCAAUGUUAUACGCUUGCACUCCACAUAUCAAGGUAAACAAUGUAUUGUUUUGUAUGUAAAUAAUACUUUUUAGAUGUGUCCCGUGAUGAUUCCAAACUAAUUUACUUUUCUUUGCGGGUUGUCCGUCUUUUUAACCCAUUGGCUCCACUCACUGCACUCUAAAUGUGUCCAGUGACACAUCCGUGCUCUCAGAUAGUGAUGACAUGAUGAGACGCUGUCAUGGAACAGACUCUGAGUCUCCAGGAUGCUGUUGAACUGUUUACUUCCUCGGUGCAUGCGGUUAUUGCCUUUCCUUUUACAGGGGAGACCGUAUCUGUAUAUAUUCAUUUACACAUCCAAUGCAUAGCACCUGUUUGUACGUUGUCUUCCAUCUGCUCCAUUCACCAUCAUGUACAGUCUUUGAAAUGAGUCAAUGAGCAGUCAGAUGUUUGGCUUGUUACCACUCUUAUCGGACACCCCCAUUUAUAAAGGUUUUAUUAAAUAAUUAGCUCCUAAUAUUUAUAAAUCAUGUACACACAACUAACAUGAGCAUAUUUUGGUUAACUGAUGAAAAUUCAUCUUUUAUUCAUUCUAUUUGGUAAUAAAGACAAUUAUAAAUUGGCGUGGAUUUUGGUCUAGAUGCUCUGCAGCUGAAGAGUUGCCAACUUUGGAGUUACUAUACAACAUGAUGGAUUCAACCAUAUUACAAUAACCCUAUGUUGACAUGUCGGGGUAAAAAACAUUCUUAUUAGGUGUAGAAUAUACUAACUGAAAAUAGUAUAUUUUAUGAAAGUAAUGGAAGGGUCCUUGCAUAGUCUCUCAAAGAAAUAGUAAUGUAAUUACUAAAAUUAUACACAGUCACAGUACGCCGAAAAAAAAAUUAGUCAUUGCAUAUUAUCCCAAAAAAAGCUAGGUUAUUGUUUAUUAAAAAAAUAUAUAAUUAAAUAGUAUGUCAGUGUCAAGGAAAAGAUAACCGUCCUAAUACAGUUAUGGCAACUUGUGCUGGAUAAAAGUAAAAAGUUGACACAAAAAUCUCAUUGUAUGUGAAAAAAAGCCAUAAAAUAUAAUUGUAAAUUAGGUCCAACAACGAGCAUUGAAAAAUGUAAUCAAAUAAUUAGUAUAUUAUUUUUGAAGUUUAGGUAUAGUCCUUUAAAAAAGGCCUAUUACAAAAUAAUGACUUAACAGUGAUGACAACGUUAAGCCCAGUAUGUUGAUAUCUAGAUAUCUAUAAAAAAUUAUCAGAAAAUGUCCCAUUUUAGCAAACUAAAGGAUUUUAAAAAUGGAAUAGUGCUCAGAUGAUUGUUAAGCCAUGAAGUCGCAAUAUUUAAAUUAACCAGACAUAACAUGUUUCACACAAUAAAUUGUAAAUUUAAUUUUUGCUUUUAAAAGUUGACCAAAAUACAGAAUCCUGUGUUCCACAACUGCAGUCACUAAAUACAGGAUACCAUACAAAACCUACAAAAUGCAACAAUUACAAAUACAGAUGACAAUUGUACUGUAUAAAGUCAUACAAUACUGUUUUGUUUUUAUUUGGCACUUGACCACAUGAUGCUAUUUUGUGUUUUAACAGAAAUGUUACACUUGAUGUAGCUUUUUUUAUUUUAUUUUUUAGCUUUUUAUUUAAAAAAAAAAAGAUAUCAUAAAAAUACAAUAAAAGCAACACAUGGUGACAGUA